CCUCGUUUUCCCCUCAAUCAAUUUCUACUUAGCUGAGAGUUUGAUCCACUUGAGGGGACUAUGUUCACCGGCGACUCACGGAAUGCUGUCCUGCAAGACUGAGGCUGAGUUCUCUAACUUUCUAAUCUAUGUGACAACACCCGUAGGUUGCUUCAUUCCCGCACCGGCCUCAUUCGCAGCCAUAUUCUUGGAAGUUGGAAUAACCCCGCUUUGAAUCUCAACCCCACUACGACUCGGCGUUCUCUUCACCAUUUGCUGACUCCCUCCUCCCAUCUCUCGGCCCCAUUCUGCUUCUCAUACUUCCACAACUACAGGAAAACCUAGAAGACGCCGUCGAGGCCACCGACACCCCCCCAAAUACUCUUAUAGCAAAGUAGUAUAGCAAUGGCUGAGCCCAGCAAGCCCGCCGUUGGCCCGACCUCAGAAACCAAGAAUAAACCACCACUGCACUCCGUCCUCCCACCCCUCAUCCUCGGCACAGCAACCUUCAACCACCAAUAUGUCGCCGACCCGCACUCAAUGCCCUACCGCGACAUCGUCGCGCGAGCCCUGUCCCUCGGCGUCACCGCCUUCGACACAAGCCCCUACUACGGCCCCUCCGAAACCCUCCUGGGCACCGCCCUCGACGCCCUCAUGAACCCCACCACCAAGACCUCCACCCCUUCUUUCGACGACGGCACAACCCCACCCCUCGACCGCUCCAGCAUUUUUAUUGUCACCAAAGCCGGCCGCAUCGCCUCGACCGAGUUCGACUACUCCCCGACCUGGGUCCGCUACAGCGUCCUGCGCAGCCUCCAACGCCUGCACACGCCCUACCUCGACCUGGUCUACAUGCACGACGUGGAGUUCGUGUCCCCCCAAGAAGUCCUGGCCGCAGUGCGGGCGCUGCGCCAGCUGCGCGACGAGGAAGGCAUCAUCCGCUACGUCGGCAUCAGCGGGUUCCCGCCCGACGUGCUUUGCACGUUAGCAGAAAUGAUUAUGUCCGAGACGGGGGAGCCGCUGGACGCGGUGCUGAGCUAUGGGCAUUUUACCGUGCAGAAUCGGAGGCUGGGGUUGCCGUGGGUGGUGGAUGGCGGGAGCGAGAAACAAGAGGUUGUUGUUGAUGGGACGACACCGUUGGCGAGGCUCAAGAAGGCGGGUGUGGACGUCGUCCUGAACGCUAGCAUGCUCGGCAUGGGCUUGCUCACCACCCGCGGGAUACCCGUUAGCGGCGACGACUCGCCGCUGGUGCGUUGGCACCCUUCGCCGCCCGAGUUGCGCGUGGCUUGUAAGAAGCUUGCCGGCGUGGCGGCGGCGGCGGGCGAGCGCUUGGAGUCGAUCGCGAUCCGCUGGUCGCUGGCCGAGUGGAUUCGGGUCGGUGCCGCGGCUGGCUUGGGUGUUGACAUAAUCAUCCCUGGCACCGGGCCCCGCAAGGUCGGCGCAAGUGUUUGCGGGGUGUCGUCCACUGCCGAACUCGAAGAGACCGUCGCCGAGUGGCGCGGGGUCUCCUCCACCCUUGGGAAACUAGCUGGUGGUAGCGACGACCCGUAUGGCUCGACGCGCCAAAACAAGGUGCUGACCUUGGUCCGAAAGCAACUCUGGCCUGCGUUGGGAUCGUGGUUGGAUUACGUGUGGGAAAGCCGGAGGCCUGACUUUGUAAACACAAGGCGAGAAUGCGAUCGCGGGAAGGUCCCCGACGAUGGGGUAAUUGCUGCAUAUGAGAAGGCAAAACAGGGGAGGCAGAGUGCCCCAAAUUAGACCCUGAUCAUAAAAGCUCACAGAAAAAAAUAUCAUUCUCGCGUCUAAUGUAUGUCAGCCUCAACAAUACUCGAUUUCUCAAUGCAGUCAAACAAGUGCCAGA